GCAACAAGCUUAGUUACGGAUGUAAACAAAAAUAUGGACCAGUGAAUGGUAUCAUGAUUGAACUGUAGGUUUCUGUUUCUCAUGAAGACUUGAAUUUGCAAUGGCAGAGUAUGGAAUUCAUCAUGCAACAUCUUCUGGCUCAAAGCCAUCGAUUUUCGAAGUUAUUGGUCAAGAAAAUUUAGUCUCUGCCCUUAGGGGAUCUUUUCGUCACGUAUUUAAAGUAUUAGCUGAAAACAGUCCCGAGAAAUUUGGAUUGUUACAUGAAUAUUUUGAUGAAGGUUAUACUGUAGUUGAUUCAGUGUUUCAGUACAUAAAUCUGAGAUUGAAGGGUGGAUUAUUUCCUGAAACAUUUUAUGGGUUGAAACGAAUACCAGACCCAAGAAAUCCUAAUGUUUCUAAACAAAAGGUUAUGACUUGGGUGUUCUUUGCUGUUGUGUUUCCUUAUGUUCAAACUCAAAUGGAGCGUUUGUACAAAGAUAUCAGAGAAGAACAUUCACAAGGUUCUUUUAAUUAUAAGGAUUUCAAGAGGCGGUUGGCCUUAUUGUACUUAAAAUUUUAUCCUCUUUACAAUUUCAUGUGGGAGAUGACAGUUUUGUGCUACUAUAUGGCAUUCGCCCUGAAAAAAACUUCUUAUCAUUCUCCACUUAUGCAUCUUACAUCAACUACCCUAACUCACUUUACAGCUUUUGAUCUGUCUGCAGAUGCCUGGAAAGAAUACAUUCCUGAAAAUCAGCAAAGGAAACUGAUCACUACUUUGUGGAACUGUAUGAAUAUUUUUGUUGGAGGAGUUACUCUCACUAUCUCAGUGGGUGCAUUCAUAACUCAGUUUAUACACUGGUGGUACAACAGACAAGGCAGCAAUACUAACUUUGCUCCAUUACCAGUACCUCCACCUCCUCUAAAGUGGCAAACUGAUGAUGAAGUUGAUAUGUGUCCACUGUGUAAGAAAAAAAGAACAAAUGAUACUGUUUUGAGCAGCAGUGGGUUUGUUUUCUGCUAUCCAUGUAUAUUUCAUUUCGUUCAAGAUAAUCAAAAGUGUCCUGUUACAGGAUAUAAAUCUUCAUUAAAUCAACUUGUAAAAUUGUAUCAAAGUGAUGAAUAUUAGGUAUGAAAGCUGUUUGUAUAUUAAUUAUAUCAAUGUUAUAUAUAUUGUAU